AUGAAAAUAGUAUUAUCAUUAUUAUUUAUCUUUUUUGUUGCUUCACCAAUACUUAUUCAAGCUGUUGAAUUCAAUUUGACAAGUUGUUGGCCAUUUACCGAUUCAGGUACCACUGCACUCUUAAAUUCACCAAAAAAAGUAUUUGCUCAUUACUUUUCAUUGUUCCCAAUUUCCAUUGAUAAUAAAGUCUCAACAGAUGAUUAUUAUACCAAUAACUUCCUAAAACCAACUGGUGAAGGUGGAAAGCAUUUACAAUAUGGAGGAUUCAUUCGUGAACGUCCACUGCCAAGACCAGUACGUCCAGAUAUGUCUACCUAUCGUGACUUGGAUAUGCAAUUGGAGGUAACUAGAGCUUUGUCGCUUGGACUCGAUGGCUUCACCUACGAUAUGUUGUCAUCUGACGAAACCUCUGAUCAUUGGAAACGUUUGAUUCUCUUGAUGAAGAAUGCUCCAAUUGUAGAUAGUCGUUUCAAAAUUGUGUUGAUGCCAGAUAUGCUUGCCGGUUGGUCCAACACAGCCAAUAUUGCCGAUACUUUUGUACCAAUUAUCAAGAAGCUCUGGGAUAGCCCAUACAACGGCACUCUUCUUCGUGACAGUACCGGAAAAUUGGUAUUAUCACCAUACAGAGCUGACAGCAAGACAGGUGCAUGGUGGCAAAACCAAAUCACCAAGUUCAAUCAAGUUGGUAUUCAAAUUUCCUUUUGGCCAGUAUUCCCAGAUAUCAACCAAAACUAUUUGAAUAACUAUGGUUCAAUUUCAGUUGGACAAUCAGAGUGGGACGGAAACUGUGUUUCAACAGCACCAGGUUUUGUAACAGCAUCGAAUUUCCUUCAUAACAAUGGAAAGAAAUACAUGUCACCAGUCAUGUCACAAAACCAUCGUCCAAAGUCAUACAAGUUCUGGGAAGCCAAUAAUUCCGGUGCUAUUAGAGCUAUGUGGAACAGCGCUAUCGUGUCAGGAGCUGAGUGGAUCCAAAUCAUCACUUGGAACGACUACAGUGAAGGAACCGAAUUGUCACCAUCGACUGGUACCCAGUUCUCAUACUAUGACAUUUCGGCAUACUACUUGCGUUGGUACAAACUCGGACAGGCACCAGUUAUCAACCGUGAUGCUCUCUACUACUUCCACCGUAACUCAUUGUCCACCCAACAACCAGAUCUCACCAAACAGAACAGAACAUUCACCUCCGGAGCAUGUGAUCCAGUAUCGGACAAGGUAGAAGCACUCGUAUUCCUUACCGGUGCAGCCACAGUUGAGAUCAUCCAAAACGGCCAGACCUACAGCACACCAGUCAACGCUGCCGGUAUCACCUCGGUACGAACUCAACUUCUCGCCGGUGCAACUCCAAGAUUCCGUGUUAUUCGUGGUACCAACGUCAUCAUCGAUAUCACCUCUUCCUUCCCAGUUGCCACCUCGGUCGUCUAUCAAGAUCUUCUCUACCGUGGAGGUGGUAGUCUUACCUGUACAAGACCAUCAGUUUAA